AUGGCGAAGUUGAAUGGUAGCAAUCAAUGGUGGAAAAGGGGGAAAGUUCUUGGUAUCGAUUACAACAUAUUUUUGGAGUACGCCUCCGAAGGUGACUUAUUUUCAAAAGUAAAGAAAACAUGUGGAGGAUUAUCGGAGAUGGAGUUAAGCGAGUAUGUUAAAGGAAUUCUGUUAGGUUUGAAAGAUAUUCAUAAUUUGGGUUUGGUUCAUUGCGAUAUUAAGCCUGAGAAUAUAUUAAUUACGGGCGAUGGAGUUCCAAAGAUUGCAGAUUUUGGAUUGGCCAUGAGAGUAGGAGUUGUUCACGGAACUCACAGAAGGCGAGGUACGCAAAAAUAUAUGGCGUCGGAAGUGAUAAAAAACGGAGUAUAUAACUGGUGGUGUGAUAUUUGGGCAUUGGGUUGUACUGUAUUAAAGAUGCUGAUCGGAUAG